AUGAUUACAACUAUGAUAAUUGCAAAAUUACCAGAAGCUUAUGCUAUGUUUAGGCCGUUGGUAGAUAUUUUGCCAGUUAUACCAGUAUUUUUUUUACUCUUAGCAUUUGUAUGGCAAGCAGCAAUUGGUUUUAGAUAG